AUGGAGCAAGACUUGAAUGAUGUGAGAGAAGAAGAAGAAAUAGUAGUAGAAGAGGAAGAAGAGGAGGAGAAACAUCAAACUGACAGCAUGUGCGGCAUUUGCUUGUGCGAGCAAAUGAUACCGACACGGAUUGAUGAUUGUGGCCACUCAUUUUGUUUUUUGUGCCUUAAAAGCGUUCCCGUCCGAAAGUGUCGAUAUGAUGUUGACAUCCGCCUGGAGUGCACGCCCGAAAUGGCCGCCGAGGUUUUUUCGGAUAUCAAACGACAAGAGGAUAAUACUUUCGGCAGCACGAUCUUCAAAAUCAAAAAUCCGGGCAAUAGAAAAUUCUUCUGGAUUUACGAAGCACGAGGAUCCGGUUGGUAUAGAUAUGAUCCUCGAACAGAACUCGUGUUAGAGGACUGUUAUAGAAAAAAUAAGAAGAGUUGCGAGGUGGAAAUUUGCGGAAAAAAAUUCACAAUCGAUAUUGGGAAAAAAACUCAAACUCGAGGUGAACUUCAUUCGGAAAAGCGUUGUAUCCAAAGAAUCGAAACGGAGGACAUUUAUCGCUAUAAUGUCAAAGGAAUCGCUGGAAAUCAGUGUCAUUUCUUUCCAAUCACUAAUCUUCCAUACACGUCACAGAUCCGGCUCUGCUGCAACGAGCUUAGAGCUCUUCAAACAACGGAUCAAGAGAGGAACAUCUUCCAGCAAACUGUUCCAAUGAGAGGUAGUACACCUGCUGUAGUAGAAUUGGUUCAGGAUCCACAAGUUGAGGUGGAGGCCGUAGAAGUGGCUCAUGAAAACAUCUCUAUUGACCUGGCUAGAAUUGUAUUCUUUUACUCAUUCAUCAUCUUGGUUGCUUACUUUAUUUGGUCCAGAGUCAUGGACCAAGUUCUGGAUGUUAUGGUCAAAUACCAACCACGAUCACGCAAGAAGCGCAUCGAAUUCCUCCCGGACGAACUGAUUUGA